UAUUAAGUUUGCUUGUGAGAAUGUAAAUAUGCCUAGAAAUUUGUACAAAUCAAAAAAUGUCUUUUGCGCAAUGUGUAACCCGGAACAAAGUCAUAAAGUAGAAUAUUCUGAAUGUAACACGACAGGCCUUUGGGAAAAGUAUGACAAAGAUACAGAGGAGAAUUGUUUGAGUAUGCCAAGCAUUGAAUACCUUGCACCAUACAAAAACAAGUUUUGCGAAAUAUGUAAUAAAGAACGAAUAUAUAUAUAUGAAACUCAAUCAUCCAAGAGCCAAGUCUUUGAAAGCAUUAAAGAUUUUAAGCCGCCACCGACAUUUAGAGUUAUAUUUGAAUUUUCGAACUUCAAGCAAUCAUCAGAACAUAAAAGACAGACACCUAGCUGUAAUGCUAGUCAGGUUUUAUUUCUUAAUGAGUGUCAUGAUAUACUAUGUUAUCCUGGUAGAAUGCAUGUGGGCACAAGAUGUACCCCUCUAUUCCAAACAACAGCAGACCUUGGAUACAUUUUAUAUGCAGGAUUAAAAACUAGUUUAGUUUCGGAUGUGAAUGAUACGAAACCCUUCUUAGAGACAGUCGGUCAAUCGUUCAAGGAUUUUCUAACGACUCGCUUGCGGUUAUGGUAUAUUGACUUUGAAACGUCUAUCAUAUAUUCCAACCUAUACUGUCCGGAUAGUAAACCUAACAAAUUAAACAAAGGGAUUGAGGUUUUGAUUUCAACCUAUCACAGGUUUUUUAUUCGUGAUUCUGUCAACCGUUCAAGGACAGAGGAAUCACUUCUUUCAUUGCUAGGAACAACCUUUAAUAUUACAUACGAUGAAUUUCAGCAGACAUUUUUAAUUCAUCGCAAUGAAAACGCCUUUAAUUUACCAACUCUUGUUUCAAGAUUUCAAUUUACUGAUAAAUGCUAUACUAAAGAAAUAUCCGAGUCAUUACGAGGAAGUCUAUACGUUCAUUCACACGUGACUCGACUUUUGAUUUGUGAACAAAUCGAGUUAAACUUUACAGAAUUUAAAAUCAACUUGAAGAACUUACAAUUAACUGUACUUUCGAGUACAGCUGUACUUGAACCAGACGAGUACAUUCUGGUAUCACCUAGACAAGCUAGAAUAUGCAUAGAUCGUCUGCAGACUUUGAAUACAAUUAGGAAUACAUCAAAUUUUGGUGAUGUAUGGAGUAUAGUAGCAAUGGUUUUCACCUGUAUAUCGCUUCUAUGUUUACUUUUAACAUUUUUAACUUAUUGCAUUUUUCCAAGUUUGAGAACACUUCCAGGUAAAAACAAUAUGUGUUUAGUGUUUUCAAUAUUUUGUGCGCAAUUAUUAUUUCAGUUUGUAGAAUUUGGUACAAAAUCCUCCAUUGGAUGUAAAGUGAUCGGUGUUUUGAUACAUUACUUUUGGUUGGUAACCUUCGGUUGUCUCAGUGUGUGUUCUUUCCAUAUGUAUCGUGUUUUUACAAGCAAAACUGGUAUCCGUAUAUCCGAAACAUCUAGACUAGUUAUUUACAUUAUAUAUGCGUAUGGUACCCCGGCUAUAAUUGUAUCAUUGAAUAUGAUUAUAACAAGAAGUUUAUCAAGCGCUAUGUCAAUUGGAUACGGAGGUCGAAUAUGUUUUCUGAACCAACCAAUCGCAUACGUUGUUACAUUUGCAGUUCCCAUAAGUCUCGUUUGCUGUACAAAUAUUUUCUUCUUCAUUGCGACAACUUACAAGAUAGCAAAAAGACCAAAAUUGAAAAACGAUUCUCAGAUGAAUCUAAAUCAAAUUCAAUUUACUGUGUAUGUCAAAUUAUUUUCUAUAACUGGAAUUACUUGGAUUUUUCAAGUUAUUGAUUCCUUCAUACCAGUUUCAGCCUUUUCGACGAUUGUUUCCCUUUUGAACGCUUUACAGGGUGUGUUCAUAUUUAUCUCGUAUGUGUGUAACAAACGUGUGUUAAGUCUGUAUAAUAAAACUAGGAUGUCGUUUAGUGGAUACAGUAGUACAAGAACGAAUAAACAUACAGCGUCAACCGGACUAAGCGGCAGUGCACUAUAACAACAAACUUCAUGGCAGUUCCAGCUCCAAAUCCAUAGACUACUCUUCACUAAUUGGUGGAGAAAAGGAAAAUAUUUCCCGAACGGAAACGAUUUUUGAACGGCGUUUGCUAUUAACAUAAGUUCACUGUAGCAGACUGUAGUUAUUUCUUGAAGAGUUACUACAGUGCAAUAUGAUUGCUAACAUCAUCAUUCCUUUGCUCUUCCUGAUCAAUGAUGAAAUAAGUAAUAAAUCAAUCGUUCAUUUGUCUCCGCUGGAUAAUGGUUUUAAUGGCAGUCAUACA